AUGGUUUCAAGUUAUGUUUACACCGGCCUGUGGGUCAAUCAUUCGCGCGCGAGAAUUAUAGGAACAACGCUCACUUUGACGAAUAAGAACGGCGCGAUUCUCGUUGCGUUCCUAGCUACACUCGUCACAGCAGCAGGACAUGCAGCAUGGACGAUCCUUCGUUACAUCUUUCAUCAACUUCGAGCAAGCGAGAAGCCACACGAUGCUCUCUUCUACCAGCAACAAGCCGCCCUCAAGAACUCGUCGUCGGCGUUGGGCACGGCAUUGACCUUCUUACGUAUGUCUUGGGCAUGGCGAAGACAUGAAAGACGGAUGAUAUGGCGAUCCUGGACACUUCUGUUUGUGACCGUUGCGGUAAUCAUUUCGGCUAUCUUCACGGCAGCAGCUAUCUUUUCCUCGCAAGUCACCCAAACUGCAGGAACAGCGUUCUUGGUCCGCUCACCCGACUGCGGGCUCUGGGAUUUCCCCAGCGAUCAGACGACAGGAUGGCAGAUAAAAACACUAAAUGAUACACAUACAGCUCAAAAUUAUGCACGAACAUGCUACCAAGGAGGAAGUGCUAACUCUCGGCUCUGUGACAGGUACAGGGUGCCUGAGAUUAAAUGGCACACUGAUAGAAAAGCCGACUGCCCCUUUGCUGCUGAAACUUGCUACAAUCUCAGCACACCUAUAAGCAUGGACACAGGAUAUUUGGAUUCUCACAAGAUCUUUGGUUUGAAUGCAGUUCCUGAGGAACGAGUUGCUGUCCGGAAGAAGACAUCAUGCUCGCCUCUUCGACUUCGAAAAUGGGUUGAUGCGGUCAACACGACCCUUGGUGACCCUUCAGAUCCGGUGACAGAUUCUUUCAUUCAGGUGUACAUCGGAGGAUUCAAUGAGAACGAUCCAGCCAUGGCAGCCAUUGCGAGGAAUUAUACUUAUCGCUGGAACGGGCACAACAUCUUCAUGGAAAGAGGCUAUGACAUUCAAACCGUAUACGCCCAUGCCGGCUAUGAAAACAACUGGGUUCCCAUCCUAGAAUUCAAUCGCACCGACGCCGACAUAACCGUUUUCUUCCUCGCCCAAAACAGCAUGCUCUACAACUCCCCAAACUCCGACGCCCUCUUCGGCGCCAACACCAUCCUGGCUGACAAUAAUAACUUCUCCUCAACGACAACGCCCAUACAAAUCUACCAACCCGAUCGUCUCAUCUCCGCCAUGGGCUGCGUCGACCAAUUCCAAAUCUGCAAUCCUGCUCUUCCCGGCCCAGAGACAACAAACAGCAUGCUCUGCACCCCCCUCGACGCUAUCGUACCCCUCUACAGAAAAGUAUCAAGCAUCCAGCUUUCCGCCACUCAAGUCGAAACAUGGCGCCCGAUAUGGAGAGGCAUGCAAUACGCCGGUAUGGACAAAGUUGCCGAUGGAAUGGAUUCUUCUGCCUUAAAGGCGCAAGAGACAGUCACAAACCUAUUCCAAACUAUCAAGUUGCCAAACGAUCAAUGGGCCGUCGAACUCGCAGCUUGGAACGCAAUCGCGCUCGCUCGCAUUCAAGCUACAGUCUUAGAAUAUGCCACUGGACCGAUCAAUGUGGUUGAGCAAGGUGGGCGAAUAAUCAAACCCAAACCAGACGAUAAAGUCGGGCAAAACAUCUGCAAGCGUCAACUCAUCCUCAACGUAGCCGGCUACCAGAACUUCAAUAUGCUUGGAGUAACAAUCAUCCUGAUUAGCUCCUCCAUCCUAAUAGUAAUCGGCUGGACGGUCGAUAUCGUCGUAGGAUGGGUGCAAGAGUGGAUGGGAAAGCAUUAUGCGCGCUUGAGUUGGAUCCAAGAUGGGUAUUUGCAGCUGCAGAGGAUGGCAUAUGAGGGGGGGGGACAUGCGGAUUGGGAGGGGAGCGCGGAUGAUGUGCCGCUUACGAGGGGACGUACGAGGGAAGAACAGGUGCUGAUGGGGUUGGAUUUGGGAGAUUUGAAGCAUCCGAGGUUGAAGAGGUUUGAGCGUGGGGUAGGGCUGGGGGUGCAGGGAAAGGCGUUGGGUGUUAAUUUGCUGGAGUAG